AUGAGUUUCUUCAGCUUUAAGAGGGAUCAAGCAGACGACAUAGCUACCCACAUGUCAAAAUUAAAGAACAUCUGGACUGAACUGAAUCAAGAACUCAAGAAGGACAAUAACCAAGAGCUACCCGAACUGCUACUUGUUUGUAAAAUACUGGACACGCUUGACGAUUUAUACUUCAGCUUCAGAAGUAGUUGGCUCCUCCUGCCCAAAUCCAACCGUACUGUAGAAAGCCUAACUAGUCAUCUCUGCGCAUUUGAAAGGGCACUGCAAGGUAACAAUGUACCUUCGCAUCAUUCGGAAGCCCUGGUUUCGAAUACGGAGAAGAAGAAGGACAAGAAGCUUAAAUGCAACUACUGCCUAGGUUUUGGCCACAGAGUACGCAACUGUCAAAAAUGGAUCCGUGACGGUAAACCUCCUAAGUGCCAAAAUCCGACCCAGACAGCAACGCCUUCUACUUCAAAGACCGCUAAUUUGCUACUCAUGUCUUUAGAAGACAACGAAAUCUUCACAGUUUCACGGGACAACGAGAACUGUUACAUAGAUAAUGGUGCAACAAGCCACGUCACCAACAGAGCUGACAUUUUCCAAGCCUACGAACAUUUCAAUGAGAACUACACUGUUACAACGGCCGCUGGUAAUGAAGUCCGUGCCAAAGGCAAAGGAACAGUGUAG